AGCUCACGCGAUAGAACACACGUACGAGGGCGGCCCACGCUUGCGAGAAACUCUUUUUUGUUGCCUCCCUGCUGCCCGCAUAGCCACGACGAAAAAGGAGAGGGCAGGGCGGACAUGCAAAGCGCAUCCCUCCGCACUUACAAGAUACUAUAGACUCGCUUUCACGGUACGUAUAGCUGUAAAUCCACACUACGCAGAUCAAGCAGGAUAAAUAUAUACACUUGCAUCACCUAAAGACGGAGAGAGAGAGAUAACUCACCUUCGCGUUCUUUGUCAUUGGAGGGGUCACCUUUGAUUUUCUCUUCUGUUGUUGGUUUUUUCUUCAGAAUAACGUUGCACAACUUUUCUUAUUCCCUUUUCUCGUUUCAGCGCUCCCCAGCUCGGACGUGCUUACAAUGGAAACAAUUUUAGACUUUUCACAACCGCUGAAUGUCCAGCAGUUCGAUCAGGUAGUGACGAGCAUGUCAUCCGGUAGCCCCGCGCAAAUCAUGGAGGCGCAGGAGGUGCUGACGAAGUUCAAGUCAAACCCAGACGCGUUUUACCGCGUAGACAAGCUCCUCACAGAGUCGCAGAACCCCGGCACACGGUUCUUCGCGUUACAGGUGCUGGAGGAGACCAUUCUGCAGCGGUGGAACACGCUCUCGGCGGCGAAUCAGCAGGCGGUGCGCAACUUCGUGGUGAACCUAAUCGUGCGGGAGUGCACUAGCUUCGAGCACAUCCGGCAGAGCCGUGCGCUGCUCACCAAGAUGAACAUGACGCUCGUGUCCAUUGCGAAGCGCGAGUGGCCGGUGCGGUGGCCAACCUUCAUUCAGGACAUCAGCACCAGCGCUUCGCCCAGCGACCCGAUGGUGGAGAACAACUUAAAUCUUCUACGGCUCGUAGGCGAGGAGGUGUUUGAGUUUGGCGAGAAGUCCCUCACCUCGCGUUGGGUGGAACGGAAGAAACAGGCGCUGGCGCAAGACUUUCGCUUCAUCAUGGAGCUCUGCGUAAUGGUAAUUGUAAAGGCGCAGGACACAGCGCUGCUGCGGGCCGCGCUGGCGACACUGGAGGUGUACGUGCCGUGGAUGACGCCAGAGGUGAUCUUUAACGAACAGGUGCUGCAGAGCAUCGCCACACUCGUUGUCGGUGACGAGAACGUGCGUGCCGAGGCGGUGCGCUGCUUAACGGAGAUCUGCUCGGCCGGCACUAGCAGUGGCGCGACCGGCGAUCAGCAGGUGCGACUCAUUCUAGAAACCUUCAAGGCCGCCUUUGGUCACAUUUUAAGCGCGCUGCCGACGACGCACUCCUCCGUGAUGGAGCGCACCGUUGCGUUGUACGAGCAAGGCUCGUUGGUCGACAAAGAGUACAUUUCAAGCCUAAAUCUGCUGCUCAUUGCGUUUCUGCGGCACUACUACAGCAACAUCUCCUACGAUGAUCUUCUGCUCGUCACGUGCCACGAGAUGCUGGUGGGAAUGAGCAACAUUUACGAGAAGGAGCUGUUCAAGUCUUGUGUGGAGUACUGGUGGUGGCUCGGUGACCACCUGCUGCGUGCGCCUGCGAGCGCCGUGAAGAAGAAUUUGAUGUCGAAGCUGCAGCGUGUGCUCUCCGACGUACGAUUUGUGCUGAUCCGUCGAAUGGCGAAACCGGAGGAGAUCAUCAUUGUAGAGGAGGAGGGUGAGCUACGGCGCGAGCACGUCAGUGACGUCGAGGAGCUGCAGAUGUACAACCUAAUGCGGCAGACGCUCGUCUUUCUUACCCACCUAGACCCAAAAGACACGCGCAACAUCAUGGCGGACCUGAUGAAGCGGCAGGUGGACCACAGCGAGUGGUCGUGGCACAACUGCAACACCCUCUGCUGGGCCGUCGGCUCCAUCUCGAUGGCGCUCUCCGAGCAGGAUGAGAGCGACCUCUUCGUGAAGAUCAUCACCGAUCUUCUCACGCUCUUCAAGAGCAUGAGCGGCAAGGAGAACCGCGCCGUGAUUGCGAGCGACGUCAUGUUUAUUGUCGGGCAGUACCCCCGCUACCUCCGCAACCACAUCACCUUCCUUGCAACUGUCACCAAGAAGGUGUUCCAGUUCAUGCGAGAGAAGUUCCCCGGCGUGCAGGACAUGGCGGUAGACACCUUCGUGAAGCUGAGCAAGCAGCUCGCAGCGAAGUAUACGGAGGUGAACGGCGGGUCGAGUUUGGCGGCGGACAUCGCGAAGAACUGGUCCUCCGUGACGGAGAUGUUGUCGCUGCAGCAGAUCCAAACGUGCUUCAACGCAGCCGGCUACAUGGUUGCCGCGGCGCCCACGGAGCCACAGCGCUCCAGUUUGCUUGAAACCUUCCUCGUCGACACGAACGCGUCCUUCAAGGGCAUCACACAGGUUGCCGCGGCGGAGGGAUCGGUCUUUUGCCAGAACAGCGACGCCAUGUCAGAACUGCUGCACUACCUGCGUGUCUUCGCCAACGUGGCCGACUCGUGCGGUGACGUGUUUGUGUACGAGAUGAUGUCCAUCACGCAGGACCUCUACGGCUUCUACCGCACCUUCUCCGAGGCGCAGACGAAAACAAUUUCCGAGAUGGGAGAGGCGGCUCUGUUCCGGCAGGACAUGAAGUUGGUGCGGUUUGCGAAGCGCGAGAUUCUGAAGAUUUUCGAGCGCUUCGUGAGCCACGCGACGCAGCUCGACUUCAUCGCGACGGCGUGUCUACCGGACACCUUUUCUGUGGUACUGCUAGACUACGAGAACGCGAUUCCAGAGGCGAAGGAGCCGGGUGCGCUGGCGCUGGCCACGGCAUGCGUGAACACGCUCGGCCGCCGCAUCGAGAGCGACUGCGGUGCCAUUCUGGACCACACCUUCAACGCCACCGUGGCGAUCAUCGCGCAAGAUAUGGAGAGCCACCCGGACUUUCGUGUCAACCUCUUCAAACUGCUGCAGGCGCUCAAUAAGAACUGUUUUGAGGCGUUUGUGUGCUACACGGCGAACCACGAGGAUGUCGUGUCCGGCAUGCUCUGGGCGAUCAAGCACACAGACUACCCGACCAUGUCCACCGGGCUCGAGACGCUGGAUCUGUUUCUGGACAACGUCGUCAAAUCCGAGUACGCCGAGGUGUUCUACACGGCCUACAUGCAACGCAUUAUGGUGGAUGUUAUGGUGGCCUCCAUGGACUCCCUCCACGCAUCUGGCUUUCCCUAUCACGUGCGCAUUCUGCAGAAGCUCUUCUCCGUCUCGGCGAUGGUCCCUGUGGAGACACCGACCAUCGGCAAGAACGCCAUUGCGGCGUACCUGAUGGAGAAUCUUGCGGUGAUCCCCACGCUGACCGGCUCGUCCGUGGAGACGUUUGUCGAGAUGUGCUACGCGAACUUCACUAAUGAUGACCGCUUCCGCACCCAGUUUGCCGACUUUCUUAUCGAGGUAAAGGUGUGGGGCGCGGAGCAGGAGAACCAGAUGCAGGAAGCCGAAGAGCGCCGCACGCGGGAGGCGACGAUUCCCGGCUUCGCGGCGCUGACGGUGGAGGAGCCGCUGCAAAACCCGUUCGCUAGUGCGUAG